AUGACAAACCGCAACAAGAAUCAUCAUUCCAAAAAUAACAUCGCCGCCGCCGCCGCCACUGGUGCUGCUCUGGCCAGCCAUUAUGGGAAAGCCCAUUCGGGCCAAGUGUUCAAAGACGAUCUAGUGACUUAUGACAUGGUCCAGUCGUUGCUCAACCCGUUUAUUAAGAAAUCAUUCUUCGACUACUUGAUCAUUGUGUCGUUGGCGAUCAAUGUCGCGGGGUUCUACUACUUAUACCUGAAUCCUCAAUUAAACCACUGGAUCAUUCCAACGUUCGUUACCGGCUACUUCUUUUGGAGAAUUUCGUACAAUUUGGGGAUCGGGAUCUUACUCUAUAACCAAUCGAACUAUAAUUCGAUGACCGAUUUUGCCACAAACCACCAAUUAUUCAAUUAUUCCAGCGAUACCAAACCCCGCACGAGGAUCCAGAAUUUCAUCGAGAUGAAUUUCCAAAUCAAAUACGGGGACAAGUUCAAAAUCACCAACUACCCCAUUGAUUUCAACACCUGGUUGCUUUUCCGGAACUUUGUCGAUUUGAUCCUCAUGCAGGACUUCAUGAACUAUUUCAUUUUGUUUAUUGCUUGCCUCGUGCAAAACUCUGCUUAUUCCAUGGGGUCUGAACAGCCAAUCCUUUUUUAUUCCCGGUGGACGUUCGGGAUCCUUUUUAUUUUACUCAAUUUCGUAGUCAAACUCGACGCGCAUCACGUCAUCAAAGAUUUCGCAUGGUACUGGGGUGAUUUCUUUUAUUUGAAAAUCAAUAAUGAAGAACUUGUGUUCGAUGGGAUCUUUGAACUUUUCCCUCACCCAAUGUAUUCCAUCGGGUAUAUUGGAUAUUAUGGGUUUGCGUUGUUGAGCAGAUCCCAUUUGGUGUUGGCGGUGAGUUGCAUUGCCCACUUAUGCCAGUUUUUGUUCCUUCAUUAUGUUGAAGACCCUCACAUCCACAAGACUUAUGGCGGAGCGGCCCAAGUUGGGGAUUUAUUGACCAUUGAUGAUUAUGAUAUUAAAUUGAAACCGAUGUUUUUCUUCAACAAUUUCUGUUGGUUGAGACCGGCAGAUUAUUUGAUUGUAAUUGUGAAUUUGGUGGGGUUGUUCUUUGGGAUAACUUAUAAAUCCCAGGACCCAAAUUUCAAUUUGGUGUUAUUUAUCAUUAAUUUGGGGUUGAAAGUUGGGUUCACCGCUUUGACUUCCGGAAUGUUGUAUUUCCAAUCGACGAAGAAAUCGUUCACCAAACGGUAUUUGAAAUAUGAUUUGAAUUUCAUCGAUGCGUUCAAUAACUGGUGCGUUUACUAUAAUUUCCAAUUAUUGAUUAAUAUCAAUGUUUUGGUAUCGUUGUUCAUUAGAGAGUUUAUUUCCACCAAUAAUUUGUACUCGAUGUCUUGGAGCUCAUUCAUUGCAUUGCAUCAAAAGGACAGUUUGUUUCUUUUCAGGUUAUUCAUCGGGACGUUUAUGUUGCUACUCAAUUUCCUUUGCGAAUCGUCGAUCCUUGAAUCAAUUGGUAUUUAUUCUUGGUUUUACGGGGACUUCUUCCUUCCAAAUUGGAAAGAUAAGAAAUUGACCAGGACCGGGGUUUACAAGUACUUGAACAACCCAGAAAAUAUUUUGGGGAUUUGUGGGGUAUGGGGGUUAUCGAUCAUUUGCUUUAAUUCUCAUUAUUUAUUCAUUUUGGCAAUGGUGUGGUCGUUAUGCAAGAUCUUAUUUAUCAAGUUUGUCGAAACCCCACACAUGGUCAAACUUUAUGGAGAAUCACAAGUGAAUUAUGAUAGCGGGUUUAGAAAAACUUUCAAAAAAAUCAUUCCCAAGAAAAUCAGAGACAGGGCCAGUUUUUCCAAACCAUCGCGUCCAGAAAUCUUGAAGUCAUCAUCAUCAUCAUCAUCAUCGGUGGCAGCAGAAAAACAAUUCGAUGGGAUUUCGUUUGAGACUCCUAAUCCAUUCAUUACAAUCUCCAAAACCGAUCCGGAUUACCAAAUUGAAUUACUCAAUGUUGCAGUUGAACCAUGUACCACCAUCAAUUCACAAUCAAAAAAAAAUAAGACCAAAUUAUCAAUUGCCUUGGGUAAUCCCAUCAAAUUCUAUUACCGGAUCCCUAAAAAACACAAUAAAUUCAACUGGGUGGGGUUAUACCGAGUGGUCAACACUUUCAAUGAUAGUACCACCACGUUAAUAACUUCCAAAAACCAUUGGGUGGCCAUUGAUCCAACCGCUUAUGAUAAUCGUUACCUUGGACAUGAACAUAUUAAAGAAAACCGUCAGGUUUAUAAAUCGAAAUUUGUUUUCAAAGACUCCCAAUUUGAAGAAGGAGUCUUGGAAUUCAAUAACCAGUUGCAGUAUUGGGAACCGGGGGUAUAUGAAUUACGUUAUCAUUAUAGUGACGGGCACGACGUGGCGUUGAUUUCCCAGGCGUUUGAAAUGAAAUUCCUUAAGGUCGAGCUCCCUGAUGAUUCCAACGAUGAGGAAGCGGUAAUGAAAUUCCAAAGAUCGUUGUUUGACAUGUUGGUGAACACCCACGGUUUGUUGAAAUUCGAGUUUGUUGACGGGCAUGGUAAAUUACAACAAUUCAAAGUUGGCAGUAUGCAGGAUGAUUUCGUCAGUAUCAUCAUUGAGUACUUGAACGCUUAUUCUGGAGAAAUCUUAGCGAGCGAUGAUUUGAAGAAGAAUUUGAAUUUGAAACACUUGAACUCGUAUAAUGUCGAAGAGUACAAGAAGAAACAAUUGUUCAAGAUUUUGAAAAGAUUGAGCUACGUGAUCAAGAAUUCCAUUGGGAAUAAUAAUGCUGAUGGUGAUGAAGACGAUGAGUUGGGAAGUACCAUUGAUAUUGAGUUUUCAAGGGAGAUUCUCAUCCAAGAGAAGACUUUGAAGAAUUUGUUUGAUAGAAUCAUUAAAGUGCAAAAGAUCUUGGACGAGAUUGCCAAUUAA